AUGCCUCGAAACAGGUUCGAGUUGAUCAAACGCUACCUGCACUUUGCUGACAACGAGCACCUGCCCACCGGUGACAAAAUCGCAAAGGUGAGACCGCUAUUUGAGGAACUGAACCGGGUUCUUCUCCAGUUCGGAGUUAUCCACCCUCAACUGAGCAUUGACGAGCAGAUGGUUCCUUAUUUCGGACGCCACUCUAGCAAGAUGUUCAUGAAAGGAAAACCCGUACGGUUCGGUUUCAAACUGUGGGUGCUGGCAUCUUCUGAUGGCUACCCAUACCAAGUAGAAAUGUACACAGGCAAGAACGCUGGGCCAGGUGAGGGCAGAGCAGGGUGCGAGUCUCUUGGGCUGGGCGGAGAUGUCGUCCUCCGGCUCCUGGAAUGUCUUCAGACGCCUGCCCAGCACCAUGUGUUCUUUGACAACUACUUCUCAUCGUAUGCCUUGAUGAUAGCUCUCCGUCAAAGAGGCAUCCGAGCAACGGGCACUGUGCGCGACAACAGGCUGAAGAAGUGUCCCCUGCCUGACAACAAAACUGCUGAAAAGGCGCCCAGGGGACAGCAUUGGUACCAAUCCACUAACGGGGUGCUGGCCGUGAAGUGGAGAGACAACAGGGCAGUGACAGUGGUCACAAAUCACUCGGACAUCAGCCCACUCAAAGACGUGCAGCGCUGGUCGGGUGACGAAAAGAAGAAGGUGACGGUCAAGCAGCCGAACCUCAUAUACGAAUAUAACCAGUACAUGGGUGGCGUAGACCUAGUGGACGGAGCGGUGGGGGCUUACAGGCCUGUGAUCCGGUGGAAGAAAUGGUACGGCACGCUCGUCACCAACGCAUUCGGUCUACUGAGAGUAGCCAGCUGGCGCAUGUACCGCAGCUGCACCGGGAGAAGUGUGGACCAGCUGGUGUUCACUCGCGAGGUCGCUCUGGAGCUCCUAAAAACCCGAGACAAGAGCCAUGUCCGCCAAACGUCACCGGCAGCGGACCAGGACCCAGCAGCGGCCGGGUGA